GUAGAAUCAUUAAGCUGUAAAAACUGUUUACCACCACCAGUAACAACUGAUAAAACUUUAUUACCAGUAAUUUAUGAAGAAAAUGAAGAUAAUUCAUCUAUCUUACUAAAGUAUGAAGUAGGACCAAAACGAACAAUAUUAGAUCACAAUAUUAAUAACUUAUUAAAUAAUGGAACAGAACCAGAACAAACAAAAUUAGAACAAAAUAUUAAUUGUAGCGAUAAUAUUCAUUAUAAUGACGAUUUAGAAGGAACGACUUUUAAUGGAUUAAAUACAGCUAAUGGUGAAGCUGAUGUAGAAAAUAAAAUAAUUUUUUACAUGUUUCUCGUAAAACAAGAAACACCACUUGGCGAAUAG